CCGCCCGGCCCGCGCUGACGUUGGACAACAAAGAUGGCGGCGGGGAGCAGCAACUACUGGGAAGAUCUCAGGAAGCAGGCGAGGCAGCUGGAGAACGAGCUGGACCUGAAGCUGGUCUCCUUCAGCAAGCUCUGCACCAGCUACAGCAGCAGCCGAGACGGAAGGCGCGACAGGUAUAGCUCUGACACAACUCCUUUAUUAAAUGGAUCAAGCCAGGACAGAAUGUUUGAGACCAUGGCUGUGGAGAUUGAGCAACUUCUGGGAAAGCUGACUGGAAUAAAUGACAAGAUGGCAGAGUACACCAACAGUGCGGGCGUGCCAUCGCUGAACGCGGCGCUGAUGCACACGCUGCAGCGCCACAGGGACAUCCUGCAGGAUUAUACGCACGAAUUCCACAAAACCAAAGCAAAUUUCUUGGCAAUACGAGAAAGGGAGAACCUGUUGGGAUCAGUACGGAAAGAUAUCGAAUCGUAUAAAAGUGGGUCUGGUGUGAACAACAGAAGAACAGAAUUGUUCCUGAAGGAACACGAACACCUUCGGAACUCAGAUCGACUGAUAGAAGAAACAAUAAGCAUUGCCAUGGCAACUAAAGAAAAUAUGACUUCGCAGAGAGGGAUGUUGAAGUCAAUACAAAGCAAGAUGAAUACCUUGGCAAACCGUUUCCCAGCAGUGAACAGCCUGAUCCAAAGGAUCAACCUCCGCAAGCGACGGGAUUCCCUCAUUUUGGGCGGCGUGAUCGGUGUCUGCACCAUCCUACUGCUGUUGUACGCUUUCCAUUGAUGGAUGUUCCCCCCCUGGACUCUGCUCAAACUCAUCACCACCUUCCCUCCUCCCAGYCCAGGAAAAGCGAGUGGGGGAAGCGUCAGACUUCCACAGCCUGCUCGCCGUGGCUGGGGCUGUCAGCAUGAUGUCUGGAGCUCCYGAUGGUAGACUGUGACACUGGGCUUGGGCUGAAGCUGCAGUGUUUCUCCUCCUCUUCCUUUGGGUUAAAUUUGGUGGGAUUUGUUUUGUCUUUUAAUUCCCUUUCUCACUGCGAGGUUAAGUGCCCAUGGGAUGCUUCACCAGCACUGGGGGAACAGUUCCAGUGCUCAGCAGAGUUUGGUGCUGGCUGCUGAGUGGGAAAAGAUUAAGUUUGUCUUGGGUGSAAGCUCAGCAGGAAGGCUUUUCCCUCUAAUCCCAGCCCAGCACUGAAUUUCACCCUGUGAGAGGAAUAUUGCAGCUUUAAGCCUUCAGGUUGCUUUACUACUAAAUACGUGUUCUGUAAUUCUUUWUAACUCCUGGGUGAGGUUCUAGUUAUUUUCUGCAUAAAUUCGUGCUGUGAAAACUGUGCUUCACACAAAUUCCUCGAAGUUAACAAAAAAAGAAAAAGGAGGGUUCUGUUCGCUUUUUGCACAGAAUAUGAAUCAAGUACCCUCUGAGGGAGAUCAGAAGAAUUCUUGUGGCUUUAAAGGGACUGACAAAGUCCCCCUGUGUAAAAAGGGAGCACAGUGUCCCAGCAGCUGUUUACUCAAGUGUUCAGUCAUCCGAAAAGUGACCAAACAUGAGUUCAUCUAAAGGAAUCUUUUGGGUGCAAAUACUUGGAUUUUGGCUGGCAUCAUAAAGAUCUUGAUAAAGACACGAUGAGCAGUUUACAAAGUCUAUACUGUAAUUUAGAUAAAGUUAUUCUGGUAGUGCAGUAAGAAGGGUAUGAUCUAAACUGUUGAUUGGAAAUGAAAAUGGUGAUGGUUCUACCUGAGGCAARUGUGUCUGGGAGCAAAGGUUUUGGACAUAGCUCCUCCUAGCAAAGAGCUGAAUGUAUAAAUAGUAAAACAAGUAUUAUUUACCAUUCUUUGGGGGGGAAAACCACCUCUUUUUGGCCCAGACAGGCAAAAAGAACCCUGUUGUGUUGGUGUCUCUAAACAAAGCUGACAUCUGCAGUGGCUUUGAUACUGCAGGUUCCCUCAUUACGGAUUUUUCUGCUCUUUCAACAGCACUUUUCCAUCUGUCAUAUCAUAACCCAAUAAAUUCAAGCCUUGGCACUGAAAUACCUUUCUAAGAACCUGAUUAACUCUUUUCACAAUCCACUUACAGUGCUCCUAACAGAUCCCAUCACCCACAAACRUCACCCAGCCCCCAGGUUCUCCUCUGGAACAGAGUCCAGGGGGACAGACACAGUUUUUUACUUCAUUUUAUAGUGUCUGUGAGUUGGGGGGAGUAGAGACUUGUGCCUGUGUACUGUGUAAAYCCACACUGUUACACCCCAAAUAUCUGGAUUUAAAGGCUUCUUUGCAGACUUAAUAACCCUGUGCUAAAAAGUCAACAAAGGCUUCUAAUCAGCCAUCCUGCCGCUGGGAUUUGGAAGCAUUUGGAAUUAAUACGUGUAAAACYGUGGGGCUUGUAUUUUCAAUAAAGGGUGAUUAUUUGGUUGAUUUGGGAAUGUUCCCAUUUGGAGAUGAAGUGUUUAUUAAAGGGGUUUAUGAAAAGGUUUGAUGGAUAAAGGAGGGUUAUUAAUGGGUCUGUGUGUUGGGAGAUCAAACUUCUUCUCCCUGUUGCCUUUUCUUUGAUUCCUCCUCCACCCUAAGGGACUCUGAUCAGCACUUGUGCAUCUGUUUAGGAUUUGUAGGAUUUGGUUGCUCUAUAGUUGGCAAUAUAAGAUCUGCAGUACCGUAAAUAAAUUCAUUUAUUUAAUCUUAUAACAAGUCUUUUUAUUGGACUUAACUGAUUAUUUGGUGCAUAUAUUUAAUCUUAUUGUGAAAAAGCUGCUAUGGAARAUAUGUAGAUUAUAAUAAAUAUGUAAACAUAAUUGAUUUUUCAUGUUAUGAAAAUGUUAUGGAGGAACUGAUAUAUUUUAGUAUAAAAUAAUGGAAAUAUGCUGAAUUAUCUCUGAUAAAGCUUUACUGGAAACGGUUUCAGUGUUGGCAGCCCCUCCAUGGUUUUUGUUUGUGUUSGUUUUGAGUCGGUUUUGUGUUGAAAAAUCCAUUUAAUUAUCUUUGGAGUUUUCCCUUCAUCAUCAUCUGGCAGAGGGAGCGGGUGUUGUGCUCUUCUCCCUGGAGRGGCGUGUUUGCAUCUGGCCCAGGGAAAGGCUUCCAAAAUUCAGGAGAAUCAGCCUAAUAACUCAUCUCUAACAACCUGGAGCUGUGGUCAGAACAAUGGACUGGGAAAUGAAAACAGUGGAUUGUAGUAUUCUGCCUCMAAUCCCAAAAUACAGGUUUGUGUGUCUCCUGUUGCUAAAUGCGUUCUCUCCGUUUGGUUCCUCCUGCUCCAAGGGAAAAAAAAAAGUGGUUAAAGAAUUCUCAUUCCUGCAAUUCUUGCCAAAGUGGCAGUUUCCUAACUCAACCAAACAGAAGAACUGUGCUAAGAAAAUCAUUGCUGAGCAUGGAAAUGAAGGGGGGAAAUCCACAAUGUAUUUCUACAGGGCAUGUUUCACACACACAAUUUUUGAAUUUCUACUUUAUUCUUCCUACYAGAGAAGCAGCUGCUUCUAACCUGGCCAGGCACUGGAGCACAAAAGAUCGUGUUGGUGACACUGAUGCCACACUUCACACGGGUGGGAAUAUUUUUAUCCCUUUUGUUUGGACUAUUUUUUCCAUGUUUAUCUGAUCUGCAGUCUCUGGUUGCUGCAGCAGAGCAAUGGCAUGUGGGCAACACCCAGAACUGGGUGCCCACAGCAGUAGCCUCUCCCCAGGGCAGUGCCAGGCCUUUGACCACUGUUCUUCUGCUGGAAAAAAAAUGAAUUUGCCCUUCCUGAGAAGCCACAACAUUUUUUUUUCUUAACCAGUAUUGAUUCCAGGAAUUUUGCAUUUCAAAGUGAGGUAUAGAUUCCUGCUGUAUUCAUGACGCUGAGUAAUCAACCAGAAUUUUCAUUUGUARUUUAGAAGCCCUUUUCAUUGAGUGGUCUUAAGAUUAGUGUGAGAAGAGUCAGUUCCAUGCUGGGUGUUGAAAAUGAAAGAGCAAAAGUAGAUUUUUAGGUGAUGUGAAAGUGUCAGAUGAAUUGUCCACAGAUUUUCCUGCAGGGCUAUGUCCCCUGAGGUGCUGCUUUCCCAAAAUUGCUGCACAGGGAGCCAAGGCUGCCCCACCACUUCUGAUGGUGCAGCUCAUUUAGCCACGACUAAAUGAGAGUUUUAACUCUCUAAAUGUAGCAACUCAUUUCCCAAGAUCACUCGAGGCAUAACCUUUUUUGUAUUUUUACUGGUUUUAUCCCAAAGCUUUCAUUUGAGGCAGGAAGGAGAGGUAACAGCUGUCAGUGCUGAAAGAGGAAAUGAUUCUGAAACUCCUUAAAACAGAAUUGAAUUCUGAAAUGUGCAGGACAGGAGACUGCAGUGAGAGACACACUGAGCCAAAACUGAGCCAUGUUCUCAGUGACAUCUGCAAGUCCCCUCUGUGCCCUUCAUUCUCCUGUCACUGCACAUUUGAACCAGCGGUGAUGUUUUUUUUUCUGACUCCAGAAGCAGCUGUUGGUCUGUGUGGUGCUGAGGAAAGCAGGUAAAUAAACACCCUACACCCCAAACAAAGCCCUUUCUCACAAAACAUCCRAGACUUUGUAAAUGAGUUUCUGAUUGCACUUUCUGAAUUUUUUUUUUCUUUUCAUAUAUGUUCUUGAAACUUCUAUUGUAACUGUAAUUAUUUUUGUUCUCACCUAUUGUGCAUUCUCUGUA